AUGGGGCGCAUGGAUGUGGACAAAUUACGUUAUCUUGAGAAAGAAGACUUUCGAGUUUUGAUUGCUGUGGAAAUGGGAAUGAAGAAUCAUGAAAUCGUUCCGUUGCCUUUGAUCUCCGCCAUAGCAGGCAUCCACCGAGGAGCUGUGGCUCGAAUGCUUUCUGAUCUGUGCAAACAUGGACUCGUAGCAUUCGAAAGAAGCAAAAAGUUUGACGGAUAUCGUCUUACUGUGCUCGGAUAUGAUUUCCUGGCAUUAAAGGCGUUGUGCACACGUGGAGUUGUUGGCAGCUUAGGAAACCAAAUAGGAGUUGGAAAAGAGUCAGACGUUUAUGUAGGUGGGGACCCAGAGCGAAAUGACCUCUGCUUGAAAUUUCAUCGGCUCGGGAGAACAUCUUUCCGGAAAAUCAAGGAAAAGAGAGACUAUCACCGAAAACGGCACGCUGCAUCAUGGCUUUAUCUAAGUAGACUUGCAGCUGCGAAGGAGUUCGCUUUCCUCAAAGCUUUGGCAGAUCGUGGUUUCCCUGUUCCUCGUCCUGUUGAUGUGUGUCGUCAUCUUGUUGUUAUGGGACUUAUUGAAGGGGACACUCUUUGCCAUGUAGAUCAUGUGGAAGACGUAGGAGCUUUAUAUGACAGAUUAAUGUCGCUAAUCGUAAAAUUCGGUCGACAUGGGCUAAUACAUGGAGAUUUCAACGAAUUCAAUCUAAUGCUGCUUGAGGGUGAGCAAGUAGUGGUAAUUGACUUUCCACAAAUGGUUUCAAUGGAUCAUCCAAACGCACAGUUCUACUUUGAAAGAGAUGUCGAAUGUGUACGAACAUUUUUUCGUCGUAAGUUCAAUUAUGACAGCGACGAUUUUCCAAAGUUCUCUGAAGUAGUUCGAAAGUACAGCUUAGAUGUGGAACUAGAAGCAAGUGGAUUCACCAAACAAAUGCAAAUCGAUCUUAAUAAGGCUUACGACAAUGGAGAUUUCCAAGCGCACUGUGGGAAUGAGCAGGUUGAGAAUUUUGUUGACUCAGAAGACGAUGAGAAUGAAGACGACGAAGAAGUGACCGACGAUGAAACUGGAUCGGGGGACGAAUGCAGUACUAUUGUAGAGGAGAGUAAAGACAAUGAAGAACUCCAGGAUGAAAAGAAGAUGAGGGAGAAUGAAGCAAAAAUUUUAUCGCGAUCUGAACGCUUUAGCAAUUGGCUUGGAGAAGCAACAACUCAACUAGAGAAGUUAGUUGUAGAAGAAGGAGGUUCUGCUGAUGAUGAUUGUCCGCUGUUAGUUCACCUACGGGAUGUAGAGAGGCAAUCUGAACUACGAGAGGACCGUGAGCCAUACAUACACGCACGAGAAGAGUUGGAUCGCAUCGAAGCAGAAGCAGCUGUGAUGCCAAACACGAGUGAGGAACUGCAUUCAAACCAAAGACCUAAAAAAGUACGUGGAGCCCAAUCUAUAAUGUCAACGACGUCGACAAUCCCACCGGAAGAAAUUAAACGGAGAGUGGCUCUGGAAAAGAUGCGCAACAAAGAGAAGACUAAACUACGAGUAAAAGGUAAGCAAAGUGCAGUUGGACGUGGACGCAAGGAGAACCGUCACACAAUAAAUGAGUACAAAGGAUGGAUAUAA